AUGGGACAUGGAAUCAAAAGGCUUCCGGAAAGCAUCGGGGCAGCGGUGCCGCAGCUGCGGCAGGUGAGGCUGGAGCAGGUGGCAUCGCUGGAGGAGGUGCCAGGCAGCAUUGGGCAGCUCCGGCAACUCACAGCCCUGGACAUCCACGCUCCCAGGCUGGCUUCGCUCCCUGAUACCAUUGGUGCGCUGUCCCGCCUGUGCGUGCUCAAUUUAUCACAUUGCCAAGGCCUGCAGCAGCUGCCGGCUUCUCUCACGCGCCUUGCCUGCCUGCAUGAUUUGAAUGUGGCUUCCACCUCCAUCUCCGUGCUGCCUGCUGGCUUCGCGCACCUCACCAGGCUGAGGGGCCUUUCCCUGAAAAUUUGUCCGGAGCUGCAGGGUUUCCCGGAGGAUUUCACGCAGCUGACAGCGUUGCGGCAUCUGGUGAUAAGCGGUUGCCGGCAGGAAAUCCAAGGCUGGCUGAGAAUGGAUGGCCAUGGGAAACUCGAUUGGCUGCUUGUCACCUUGUAA